CCGAGCCGGUCCCUAAAAGAGCUCAGCGGAACCUGGCGCCCGUCCCACCAGGACCAGCAUGAACCCGCAACUCACCUGGGGACAGAAACAGAGGCACCAGGAGCUCUUGGCCAGCCUCACACAGGAAGCAAACGCCGCCUGGAGAGAACGCUUCCGGAGGCGCCGCGGCCCGCCCCCUCGCAUUGAGCGUGCGCGACCCGCGGCCGUCGGCGAGGAGAGGGAGCGUUUCCGGGUUUUAGAUACGGUUGCGGGAUUGCGGGGCAGGGAGGUUGCGCACCGGAUCCGUAACGUACUGUCUGCUGGGCUGAGGCUCUCCGCGAAGCCAAUGUGUCUGCCUGCGGCAUUCGCCAGGGCUCUGGGUUUAGCUCCUGAAUCUCAGAGAUGGAAUGGAGGAAGACCCCAAUUAAGGCCCCAUAUAAAGUCCCUGCCCUGCUCGCGGGCUCCGGGCGCAACACUGACAAAUCAGGGAGCCUUCCUGAGUGUGCAAAGAAAUGCGCUGUCCCCCGCAAACAAGUUCCUUCCUGAUUCUUGCUUGAUCCUUACUCCCGCCCCUCACCCCUCAACCUCCGGUGCAAACCAGCAUGCUGCUGUUCGUCUGUCCUUUAGCCAAAGCGCUGACGCGCAUGGCCACCCUCCGCUCCUCGCCAUCUGCCUUUCAGUUUCUGGGAAAGAGAGACGUGACCCAAGAGGUCCCAAGAGAGCCAACCUGAAAGCCAGCGCCUCCUGAACACACAGACUGCCAGGGGGCGAGGUGACAUUAGACACUGUCCCCAGAUAUAAGAAGCAUCACUUCCUUCAGAUAGAGGCGGUGAGACUAUGAAGUAAUGAGACUUCCUCUCCCUACCCUCCUUGGGAAGGCAGUUUGUGCCUUUCUGCUUUAGGCAGUCAUCUUCGAUGGCUAAAAUUCUGCAGCCUGAUUGUUGAAUUUACUGAAUGCUACCGUUGUUAGAAGCUUGUGAUACUGUGGUAAGGAUAAUAGCUACGGUUAAUUGAAUGUCUGCUAGGUGUCAGACGAUGUGCUUCUAUGUGCUUCAUAUUUAUAAUCUAAAUUCCUCAAAAAACCGCCAAGUCUCUCAAAUAGCUGUUUUCUUCGUUUUUAUAGAUGAGCACAUUUUAAAGCCUAGAGAAACAAACUUUCCUAAGUUCAUGUACUUAAUAAGUGGCAAAAUUUCAUUGGAUCCUAAAUCAAAUCAAACUCUACACUUUACAUUUUCUCUUUGAGAUAGUAAUUAAAUACCAGUUAAAUUUAAAAAUCUACUUGAUGGAGGUAAGACCAUGAAAUGACAAAAAUCAUAAGGCUUUAAAGGGUAAGGAUGGGAUGACAGGAUUCGUGAAUGUUUAAAAACUAUGAUUGGGUUUAUUGACAAUAAUCAGAAUGGAAUUUAAUAGUGUAAGUGGCUCAUAUUUUACAUCCAUGUCAUUAUGUACAUGUCUACAUUCAUAAUAUAAUUUUUUUUUAAAUUGCUGUGAAGCUAGGCUUGAGAAUACUAGACUGAUUAUUUAGACAAUGAGACAGAACUUUGAGAACAGGAUGAUUAUGAGACCUUGAUGAUGUUUACAAAAAAACACAAGUCAUGGGUGCUUAGCAGUGUUAGAAGACUCUCCACUGGGUCUCUGAGAUUAUCCUCAAUCUGAGUCAUUGCUUAGGAUGCUCAUGGGAACCUGCCUUGGCAGAGCUAAAAGGUAGAGGUUACUGAAGGAAAAAACUUUAGGUUUUGGGGCCCACACCUACCAAUAUGGAAAAUGAGCUGAGGAAUUCAAGAUGGCAAUGGAUUUCCAUCAUUCACUGAGUGAAACUGGGUCAACUAAGAACCUGACCUGGCCUUGCUCUAAGGACAAAGGUAACCAACCUACCCAGUUUGUCUAACAUUAAGGGGGUUUUUGGGACAUAGGAUUUUCAACGUUAAAACAGGGAAAGUCUCAGGCAAACUGUGAGGAGCUGGUCACCCUACUAGGGACAUCCUAAAUGAUCUCUAGAAUGAGGUGGAGCUCCCAAUAUGGUUGCAUCUCGUCUCAAUUCCUCUGCCUAAUACCUGAGGUAUGACUGCACAGGAAAGGAAAUUAUCAAAUAAUCAAGACUGACCAUAAAGAGUCUACAUGCCCCCAAAUAAAUGUGGCUUGCUCAUCCUUUUUCCAGUGGUUUGACUAUAAACCAAGUACCUAUACUUAUACCUUUUGAACCUAAUUUUCAUUUAGCAAAUCCUUAGGAAGCUUCCUAUGUCUGGGCCCGAAGACAUCAAAUUACUGCCUUCCCACAUACCAUGCACAUUCAUUUCCAGCAAUCACUAAAUCAACUAGGUUCUUCCAGAAUAGAGCAGAGUGAACAUAUGCUUUUCAUCCCAGGAUAGCUUUAUAUAAUCCCUGGCAGCACAAAACGCCAUGUUUGGCCCACAGUAGGGGCUCAAUGAAUAAUUCAUUAUGUGUAAUAUUAAUCAGGAAAUUAUGACAUUAUUUAAAGUAGACUUUCUGGGCCUUCCCUCUGUAAUUGGUAGAAUCGAGAUAUUAAAAAUACUUGUUAUAUUUAUUAUAGAAUUUUUUUUUAACCAAUGCCUCAUAAAACAGUUUAUGGCGGUUCUCCCCACAUGGAACUGAAUUUUGUUUUGUUUUUGUUAGUUGGAUGGGGGUAUGGUUAGUUUGCUCUGCAGUCAAGGUCAAUCAAUGCACUGGACCCUGAAGGGGAAGAGAUUCCUUAGAUUAGGGGUUCUCAAAUUUCAUUGUGAGUCUGUUGUGUUGGACAACUUGGCAAAAUACAGAUUCCCAGGUCCCAGCCUUAGAGGCUCCCACUUAACAGCCCCAAGUUUUGGCCCAGGGAUUUGCAUUUUGAGUGAGUGUCUGAGAUGAUUCGGAUGUAGGUGGUUUGGGGCCACACUUUGAGAAACUCUGCCCCACUCAGUGAUGAUUUUAGAUGUAUUUUUGCAAAAGUCUCUACUGCCCCAGUCCAAAAAGCCUAUCUGGUCAGCUGAACCAUUAAGCCAGCUGGCAUACAUCAAGAAAUCAAAGCAAGAAAGCCCCAUGACGAGAUUUAGAAUAAAAUCUGGAAGGAAAAACAAAUCUGAAAUCUUUGGAUAAGUAAAUACAAUAAACCUGACCCUAUUCCUUGCUGGGUAGAAAUGAUUCACUUGACAGUGGUUUAGAAAGAGCAAAACUCCAACAAAUAGAUAAAAUUAUAUAACAGUAAUUAUGCUAGUAUAAUAGUCACUUGGUAACCUUGGUUCUUUUUAAAAUAUUUCAUCAGAAAAGAAUAACCUUAAUUAUUAUUUUGACAAGUUAAAUUAAAUAAAGUUGUACCUGAAGCCAUGAAAGCACUGAGAAAGACCAAGAUUAAGUGCUUGAAGCUCCAAUAGAAAGAAUAAGAUGGAACUAAGGCAAAAAUAAUGGAAAAUUAAAGUUUCAACAGAUUGGAAGAAGUGGAAAGAUGAAUUGAGAGUUCCAUUCUAUGAAAAGCAAAGAGAGCUAAAAGACCCAACUGCAAAGUUCAGAGAAGAUAUUGUAAAUCUACUGUUCAUGUUUAUAUGUUUUUAAAUUUUACACAUAAUUAAAAUGAGUGUAUAUAAAAAUGAGUGUAUAUGUAAUUUUCUCAUGUUAUCAGAGUAGUACUAAUCCACCAUCUUCAAUUGCUAUG